AUGGGUCUGAAGCAGCGGCUACAAGUCAAACAUGGGGAGGUGGUGUCGGGAGUCGACUCCAAUGCCGAUCUGGAUCCUAUUCCACGGAAUUCAGCCCGGCGGACUUGGGGAUGGGUCAGUUUGACUGGGUUUUGGAUUUCGGAAGCAUUCUCAAUCAGCAUGUACCAGGUCACGUCCACAUCGGUGUCAAAGGGGUUAAACGCGGGUCUGGCGAUCGCGGCAGUGGUUAUCGGCCACAUGCUCGUGUACAUCCCAGUGGUGCUCGAUGGAUACGUGGGUUCUAUAUAUGGCAUCAACUUUCCUAUCCUCACCCGUGCCAGCUACGGCAUGCGAGGGAGUUAUUUUGCCGUCCUCAUCCGCGGGCUCGUCGCCAUUAUCUGGUUCGGCACUCAGACCUACCAAACCGGAGAAUGCAUCUCGUCGAUGAUAAGUGCCAUCUGGCCAUCUUUCGAACAUCUACCCAACCAUCUCCCGAGUUCGGGGCCUAUAACUUCCGCUCAACUGCUUUGCUUCUUUCUGGCCAUUAUCGUCCAACUCCCGCUCUUAUACCUCAACAUUCCUCAGCUCCGCUAUCUAUUUUUAGUUAAGAUGGUCAUCAUGCCCAUCUUCGGCCUGGCCUUGUUUAUCUGGGCCGUCGCCACUGCCCACGGAUUCGGUCCCGUCUUCUCUAAACCUAGCCAGAUUACCGACGGGACACCAGUGGCAGUGGUUUUUCUGCAAUGCGUAACCAGUGCCAUCGGCCCUAAAGCCACCCUUGCGUUGAAUAUGCCCGACUUUACGCGGUACGCGCACUCACCUCGCCAAAUUAUCUGGACGCAAGCUUUAGGUUUGAUAGUUCUGGUUUCGCUCUGCGGCGUUCUCGGUGCAACGGUAACCUCCGCCAGCGAGAUUAUCUAUGGCGUGCAGACCUGGAAUCCGCUACAGGUGGCAGCGCUGUGGAACAACCGUGCCGCACAGUUCUUCGCCGCGUUGUGCUGGUCUCUGGCAGCCAUAGGGACGAAUCUGUCUGCAAAUAGUGUGUCUUUUUCAAAUGAUCUAUCCCUUUGGUUUCCCCGGUACAUCAACGCACGACGAGGUGCAUAUGUUUGCGCGGUGCUCAGCAUUCUGAGCUGUCCAUGGUACAUCCAGGAAGAGUAUGACAUCUUUCCCUUUAAACGGUCAAGCGGCUAUUCUCUCUUCCUUGGGUCCUUAGCCGGUAUCAUUAUAGUGGACUACUGGGUCAUCCGGAGACGACAGCUGCGCGUACACUCUCUCUACGAUCCGCGAGGUACGCACUUUUUUACGCGGGGAUUCAACCUCCGCGCUUUUGCGGCCUUCAUCUGCGGGAUUGCCCCGAAUUUGCCUGGUCUAGCGAAUGCCUGUGGGCAGAGUGGCGUGCCGGUCGGCGCAGUGUAUCUGUAUUCGCUGAGUUGGUUGGUCAGUAUUGUCGUGUCAGGAGGGGUGUAUUGGGGCCUUUGCAAGGUGUGGCCAGUAGCAGUGGAUGACGACGAGGGAGGUAUCUGGGAGGGAGUAGAGGUGACUACCAAGGAGGUCGAGAGUUCUGCACACUAA